AUGGCCAACGUCGGUGGUCCCAGGUCUAGCCGAAGACGGCUCCUCAUGUCUGCAGUCCAGUCCGUCCUCCUGUACGGAGCUGAGGUCGAACAAGCAGCUCUCAGAGUCGCAUCAGCAUAUCGUACAGUUUCUGAGCCUGCCGUCCUGGUGAUUGCUGGAGUCAUCCCGGUCAAACUUCUGGCUGAAGAGAGGAAAGCAAUAUACCAGCGAAAAGGCGAGAUCGGCAAGGAACGUGCCACAUCAGAAGAGCGCACCCGCACCUACCGGCAAUGGCAGGAGUUGUGGGAUCAAGAGACCCGAGGACGUUGGACAGCACGGCUGACACCGAUGGUCCAGCUCUGGGUGAAACGGCGACAUGGUGAGGUGGACUAUUACCUCACCCAGUUUCUCACCGGUCAUGGAUAUUUUCAGUCCUACCUUUUCUUGAUGCGAAAGACCGGUUCACCGGACUGCAUUUAUUGCCCGGGUGUUCCCGAUGAUGCGGAGCAUACAUUCUUCGCUGCCCACAUUGGGAAAGGCCCCGCCUUGAGGCAACACGCACUCUGGGUGUUUUUUCGGUGGACUCUGUCUGUCAAGUGA